ACGUGACGUUGCGUGAACGCAGGACGGGCUGCGCAGCCGGUGCGCGCUCUUGACGUUCAAACUGCAGCACACACUUUCAAGAUGGCAGCCACCUUUGGAAGACUUCUCCAGACUUGUGCAAGCAGAGCAGCAGUGAGUGCACUGAGGAGUGGAUCUUCAGCUCCGUCUGGGAUCAGAGCUGCUGCACAGAGAGCCUGCUUCUCUACCAGUACUGCAAAAUGGGCUGCAGCAGUCACCCAGCAUGCUCCAUUCUUCAAGGGUACAGCUGUCCACAAUGGAGAAUUCAAAGAUAUCAGCCUUGAUAACUACAAGGGCAAAUACCUGGUUCUGUUUUUCUACCCUCUUGAUUUUACGUUUGUCUGCCCUACAGAAAUAAUCGCGUUCAGUGACAAGGCUAAGGAAUUCCAUGAUAUCAACUGUGAGGUGGUAGGAGUGUCUGUGGACUCUCACUUUACUCACCUGGCUUGGACCAACACCCCUCGAAAGAAUGGAGGAUUGGGAAAUAUCCACAUCCCCUUGCUGGCUGAUCUCAACAAGCAAGUGUCCAGAGACUACGGCGUCCUCCUGGAGGGGCCAGGAGUAGCACUGAGGGGGCUGUUUAUCAUCGAUCCCAAUGGCGUUAUUAAACACAUGAGCGUCAAUGACCUUCCAGUAGGCCGCUCUGUUGAGGAGACGCUGCGCCUUGUUAAGGCUUUCCAGUUUGUGGAGAGCCAUGGAGAGGUUUGCCCGGCCAGCUGGACCCCAAAAUCACCCACAAUAAAGCCAACUCCAGAUGGGUCCAAGGAAUACUUUGAAAAAGUCAACUGAAAGGAACUGAAGUCAAAGUUGCUCUGAGUAGAUCAUCCAAAAAUAACGCACUUAAUAUUUCAUUUGAGUUGGAAUUGCACUACCUAAAUACAACAGAAAAUCCUUUCAGUGAUCUGUAUAAAAUCCUGAGCUCAUUUCUUAGUGUUGUUGCUAUGCGUACAAAUAAAACUGACAGUGUCUGGUAUUGCUGAAA